AUCUGUCAUCUCUGGUGAGUCGCUUGACCUGUGUCUUGAAAUCAUAGGCUGUUCUAAUGUUCUGAUGAACGCAGAUGACAUGACGAGACUACCGGAUCCCGAGGCCAGUUUGUUUUAUGUUAUGGAAUAUUCUCACAUAAAACAGUCAAUUCUAAAAUGCGCAGUCAGUGGAGGCGGUAAAGGGAGUUUAUAACGAGUAGCGCAAAUAACGGAUAUUCCCAAUUUCUUUAAAUGGCGUCUGGGAAUGAAGAGGAAAGUGUGGGUAGCGUUUCAUGGAGGCUAAUAGGCCCAGCCUCCGAGCUUUCCAAGAAGCAGUGCCGUUUGAUGCACUCCUCCCUCGGCUACGGCUCCGAUGUUUGCCUGUUCUAUGUGAAAGGGGAAUUCUUCGCCAUGGAUGCUCGCUGCGCUCACUCCGGUGGUCCGCUGUGUGAUGGAGACAUCGAGGAUGCAGAUGGUAUUCUGCAGGUCUUCUGCCCCUGGCAUGACUAUGACUUUAACCUCAGGACAGGACAAUCAGGGACUGGUUUACAGCAACAAGUGUACAAAGUCAAAUUGGAGGAUGGCAGUGUGUUUGUGAAGCACACAAGCCCUCUCUCAUUACAGCCCUUCCCAUCGAGCAAGAAGAGCUGAACUGCUGCCUAAAACCUGUUGCAAGCCUGGGCAAUCCAUAUGGAACUGCCUGUAGCAAUCCUGGCUAUUUUUAAGAUUUAUUCUACAAACCCAAGCCAUCUGAGACAUUCCUUGCCUUAUAUGAUCAUCACAGACCUUUUUCCACUCGGAUCUGGCAAUGUUGUACUCAGGGUCAUUAUCAGGAGGAUCGUCUGAAGGGAAGAGAUAUGACAUCAUCUUUUUGUUUGAGUUUCUUUUUGUCUGAGACACUGGGAUGGUAGCCAUCCGCUGGCAGUGAAAUAGAGAAGAGGUUGCUGAUCUUGAUAACCGAUCAGACGUUCAACAGACAUUAUGUAUUAGCCGCUGUUCAAGUUAAGUACAUUUCUAUUCUCCCCUCCCUCAAUAUAUCGCAAAUCCUCAGUGUAACUGGCUCUUAGGGAAUCUGUGGAGGUUUAUACAUAUUGUAUUUUCUAAAUUAUAAUUCCAAUAUGUACAUCUGACUGGCGCUUUAAGGACUACUGGGAAUAUGGAACAUUUUAGUAGGGAAGUGUCAACAGCUCAUCUUCACACCUUUAAAAUGCAUUACUGUAAGGUGGAAGAGUAUUAUCACUGAAACUAAUGUGAGGUAACUGAGGUCCAAAACAGGGUCCCACAUUUUAAAUGCCCUUAUAUGCAAAGAUGUUCAUUAUUUUACCUCAACCGUUUAACAGCGGACGUACAAUAACAGCCUAAACACUGCCCAGUAUUUGACCUCACAUACAUUCCAUCAAUGCAUUUGGUUCACCUCAGGUGAACUUUUCUUCCUCAGAGAAAAGAUAACUGAAGCUAUUAAUAGCUACUGUAAAGUUACAGCUACAGUAAAACAUGUAUUCAUUUUGCUGAGUGGUGAGGUUUUGAAUGGAAUGAAGUGAUCCCUGCAGUAGCCCAGAGAGAGAAUGGAAACCUCAGCUCAGCUAUAUGACCCCCACCUAAACUGGUGCCGGCCAUUUGUAGUACCUAGCUGAGAUCCAAGGGAACAAACAUGAAUGGUCCUGUAAUUAUUACUGGUUAUGGUCCAGUAAUAAGUAUUUAUUAAAGCCCUGUCAGCAUUUCCCCUUUGGCCAAUGCACAGACGUGUUCUUCCCUACUGACGCAAUGGCAAAGGGAAGAUUGGUCAACAGGCGUCAGAGGAGACUCAGGACCUGAAAUGCACUAUUCAGUCAAGAGAAAUGUGUUAUUGUUGCUACUUGGGUUUUUUAUGCCUCCUCUUCGUCUUCACUGGCAACAACAUUCACUACAUCUUCUAUCCACUACAUUUUCUCACUCUGACAUUACAGAGUUUGCCAAAAAGGUGUCAGUAAAAGUGUGGCUUGCCAUUCUAGUUUUCCCUCCUCAUAGCCUCCCCUGUUGUGCGACUUUAUUACAAUAAUAUUUCCAUUAGCGUCGAGUGCUGUGUGGAUAGGACCUGUGCCUCGUGUUUAAUUAUUCAUCACCUGAGGGGUAAUAUUCACUGACCAUUGAGAUGCAGCCAUUGUGUGUUUGGUAGAGCAAUCACCUUUUACUGGGGCUGGCGUGUACAGUCCAAGAGUGGUUUUCACAUUUUGUGGAUCCAGACGUUUCCGAAUAAUCUGUUGUUUAUUGUAUUGGAUUACAUUCACAGGUUGUCCUUAGACAUUAGGGGACCCAUCGUUGAUGUCAGAACUUUGCAAUGUAGGCUAUUACCUAAUGUUUGUCUCUCAUAUGCAAAGCUCUAUUUUUGUCAUGUGUUUUUUGGCUACUGUUUAAAAUGUAUAUGUCUCUCAUUAAGCUGCUUAUAUGGUUGUUCAUACCAUUUUAUAUUCAUUGUUAUGACAGUCUUGUUAUUGAUGUGGAUGUUAUGAAUUAUGCAACCCAGUUAUCCCUUCAUUUGAUGUUUUAUUUCAAUUUAAUCUCACGGUAUGUCACGUUUUAGUACUACAGUACAAUGGAAUAUGUCCUUUUACUGAUGGCUUUUUUGAAAAUAAAAUAAUGAUAUCAUAUGUUUCCAGCGCAAUCAUUAAUACAUAUCAAAUGUAUCAAAUCAGGACAUAAUAUCACCAGAACAGUUUACAGCAAAGGUUUAUUUACAAUUCCUCAUACAUUUAGUACAUUUCAUACAAUACACAAUUUACACAUAAAAAAACAUAUGCAAAACAAAAACAAAUGGGCAACGCCAUGCAAUACAUGUUACAUAAUGAUUUACAGAGAAUUCUCAGCAAUUGAUUUAUAUAAUGCGUUUAUGGGGCCCAAGACAUCUCCCAGAGCACAGUGGCAACUAUACAAGUCUCUCUUUAUAGGCUAGGCAAUGGUGGAAAUAUCCAUCGCUCGCUUCGCCAGAGGAUAUUCCUAAAUAAGUUACAGUCUCCCUCAGAGCAGCCAGACAGUACAGGAGAGGACAGAUGCGUGCACUCAUGCUGAUGGCACAGGCACACUCGGAAAACAACCUGAGGCCAAGGCAUGGCUGUAUAGUGUCAGUCAGUCUACAAGCCUAGUAUUCGACAGAACGAGUAGUAAUACGAGACUGAUGAAUUACCAUGGAGAAUUGGUGAAAACCGAGAAAAUUUUGAAUUGUGAAGUUUUUGAAUUGUUAUUUAAUCACUUACGUGAAUUGUGAAGCAUGGACCUGUCUUGGAAUUGUUAGAACCUGAAACAGUGUCUGGAAUCAUAGGGGAUCAUGUCAUUUGGCUAUUACUUCUGUAUUAAAAAUGAUUUUUUUCACGAUUUCUUCCACAAAUUGUCAAGUUUCUACAUUUGAAUGGGAAAACUUUCUCUAUAUGAGUUAGGAAACUCCCAACAUUAUUUUCAACUCAUUAAAAAAAUAUUACAGCUCUUACAGAUCUUCUUUGAAAUCCUCUGAAAGACAGAGACUGUUUGGAUAUUCCUUACUAUUUUUCUCAUGUGAUGUGUUACGUAACAUUGGCAGUUAGACUUGCUCUGGAUCUCAACCUCCCCCCAUAGCCUCUCAAUGAAACAUCUACCAUUCAACUUGUCAGUGCACUUUUCCUUUAAAUGGUCUACUUCAAUAUGAGACCGCUUCAGCUUCAGAUAAGUGAUGGACAGCAAGGUCAAAGACCACUUAUUUUUUCAUUUUUUUCUCUCCAACAGCUCCCUCUAAUUAUUAAAAUCUAUGACAAGAUAAUCUCCUCCUUCUCUCACAAAUUACUCCUCUGGAUGUCUUUGGUACUACAUGUCUUCCAGUUGUCCAAUAGCUCUCACGCCAUUCUGUGGUGAAUAAGAGUUGGGAGUUAUCUUCUCACAUGCGGACCCAGCUUUGCUGCAACAGUCUGCUCCAAAUAAGCUGUUUGGUUUAUUUUCAUGGACUGCUGCACUGUCCAUGCUAAGAGGGCUUAACAGGCCCAUGAUGGUAGAGGUCAUUGAUAAUCACUAGAGGACCAUAAACCAUCAUUUCCACAUGUUGCUUUUCAGAGGCAAUUUACAAUAGAUUUGUAUAAUCUAUUUGAUCUCAAAGUACAUGUGUUACAUCUAUUUAAUGUUUCUAUUUUUGGCUGAUGCUACAGUAGCUUCAGGUCUGUUGCAAAUCGGAACUCCUUUUUUAUGUACAAUAAAAUGUGCAGAGGUUUUGCUUACUAAAAUGUAUGAAAACACCUUGAAAUUUCAGCUAAUUUAACAGUAGGGUCAUUUUAAUGCUGAACGUACUCGACAAUAGACCUUUUGGGCCUAAAUUAUAUCCAACUGCAGUCUGGAAAUCAACUUGUUUGGCUGUUUAUGAAAGACUUGGUCAAACUCUUCCAAGUGCCCUCAAGAAUAUAUGUCAUUUAUUUCCUAAUUAAUGAUGGGGCUGAUAAUUAUAUGCCAGACCUGUUUGCCUCCUCUGUGGUCCACAGGCACUCAUUUGGUUUUGGAUUAGUUCAGCUCUAGGAGCUCUCCAGUGGUCUGAAGGGACCCAUAGCCACCCACUACAUAGAUAAACAAGUUUGGACCUAUUAUCAAUGGGGAACUUUCCUCCAAUUACAGAAUCCAAUUAAAUAGGCCUCUUUGAACGUCUUCCCACUUGCCACUGUAAUGCCAAAGCACCGGAGAGCCUCUAAAACUGAUACUCAGUGAGGGGUAGAAAGAUGGCAUGCUCAUAAUUGGUUCUUCUGAGGGAUUGUUUGAAUAAAGAUUCAUUCGGCCAGAAUGUAUUUUCCCAUUGGGAAACACAUGGAAUUGGUCCUGUAAUAGUCUACGGUGUGUCUGCAACUUAACUCUAGUAAUAAGUUGUUGUUUAGUUGCUAUUGGAAAAUAGUACAGUUUAGAUGUAUUUCUCCCUCUGGAAAGAUACUGUGUUCUCUGUAGCUGAAAAUAUUAUUGUACACUUAUUGCUAAAAGUUUGAUUCAUACAGCAAGAUAUGAAAAAGUUAUUAUCGGAGCAGAUUGCAGAAAUAUACACUACCGGUCAAAAUCUUUUAUUUUAUUUUUUUAUUUUAAUUUUUUACA